AUGCAAACGGCUAUCAAUUUGUGCAAAGCUGGAGAAUCAAUAACAUAUCUCAAAGAUAUGGAUUCUGUAUUUUCUGGCCUGACUCGAGACGAGUUUGAAAAUUCAGGAUUCACCUACGCUAAGAAAAAUAAUUUGAGCUACCCGAAAAACUGGGACAAGAAUCCAGAAGCAACAUCGGUUGCAAGGGCGAAAGGAUUCAAUAGACAUGAAGUUGGACGAUUUUAUGAAAAUCUUGAAGCUUUGACUGUGAAAUACGAUAUUGAUGCCUCUAGAUUAUACAAAAUGGAUGAGAUUGGUAUAUCAACCACCACGAAUGAGCCACCUAAAGUGCUAUCAAUAAGAGGAAAGAAACAGGUGGGCAUAAUUGCCAGUGCAGAACGUGGUCAAUUAACGACGGCAAUUGGUUGUUGUAAUGCUGCUGGAACCUGUACUGCAGAUGGUUGGACUUCAG